ACGAGCGCUGAAGGCUUGCACAAGUUCUGGAGGGGCCUUCGGCACAAGCAAGCGUUGUCACCGUUAUCCAGGCCUUAUGCUACCACGUCGCAAGAAACUAACGCGGGUGGGUUCGCGCGCUCCCUCGCGUUCGAUUCGCCAUCAUGAGCGCAGUGAACGCGAACAUCUCGAACGCCGUCAAAGACGCCCCCGAUGAGGCUGCCCUGGUCGCCGACCUCCUCGAACGCAUUGAUACCGAUGUACCCGAGGCGCAGGACGACCCCCUGGCGGCGAAGGUGGCCCAAAUGUCCGCGGCAAACCGAGGUCGUACUAACGACCAGGAAUUCAAAGUUGGCGACAUGGCCCUGCUCUCGACUUUCCGCCGUCGCCAGGCGUACAUACGACGCGUCGACAAUCGUGUCGCCAAGUCCGUUGUGCGUUACGAUGGUUCCUACGAAGUCCUGCCAACCUUCCGCCUACACACUCGAACUUAAUCACCACGAUGAACAUGUUCCCCACUUUCCAUGCUUCGUUGCUCAAAC